AUGUCGGCCAACAGCCUCACCGAGGAGCUCCGCGCUCUCACCCUCACCUCCCUCGGCGACCCCGGAGCGUCUGGUGUCGUCCUCGCCAAGCGCCCCGACAAGGGCGGCACGCUCGGCCGUCGCAUCGAGCUGUACGCCAACCUGUACAAGAUCGAGUUCCGCAAGUCAGCCUCGAUCGCCCACUACGACGUCAACAUCGUCGCCGUCAAGGACGGGCCGGCCAAGGCGGGCACGGGCAUCAACCGCGAGACGUCUAUCGCCGUGUGGGACGCCCUCGUCGCGUCCAACCCGGACGGCCUCGGCCAGCAGCUCAAGAGCGCCGCGUUCGACAACCAGAAGAACGCCUUCUGCCUCGGCAACCUCGCGUUCGCCAACGGCGUCAAGGUCUUCCGCGUCUCGCUCGAGGCCGAGACGGCCGAGCGCCCGCCGCGCCUGUUCGACGUCAAGCUCCAGCUCGCCCAGGUCAUCUAG